GUUUUGGAUUGCACUGGGUCACUGGUGUCGGGGUCAAGCGCUCUCUGCCUGGUCCAAGCAGAAGCUGAAGCCGUCAUGACCCAGGACUUGGAUUUCUAUGUGACAGAGCCAUUUGAAGCAGAAGUAGUGAAACACUUCAAAGAAAACGAAGGGUACGUUAGCAAGCAAGAUGUGGUGAAAAAACCAGAAUACGACAGUUCCGCUAUAUCUAAAAUUAUCAAACUGGCGAAAGGAGAGAAGAAGGUAGACAUCAUCAUUACCCACUGGACAUGCGCAAUCACACCCAUCCUCCAAUUCCACAGCACAGCUGUGAUGAACUACGUCACAGCACGAUCCAUCGUUUGUUUGUAUCCGCGGUGGACAACUGCAAACAUGAGCUUCGUCAAUCCCCAGAUGUAUGUCUGUGCCAAGACCAAUCUUCGUACCGUGGAUGUCUUGAUGAAAUACAUCAGGCGAGGGUUCAAAAUCAGCGCCGAUCCA